AUGGAAGACGACCGUCUAUGGAAGUUUAGCAGGCCCGAGUGGCUGAACAGCGCGUGGGCGCGCAACUCUGGCGUCUACGGCGCCGGAGCUCUGUUCUCCGUCGCGUUCUAUGUUAUGCUCGACUCGGCCGUCUGGUCUCACUCUCCACGCAACGCCUCCAACGUACACGUCCACUUCGUCGACUGGCUGCCCCUCAUCUUCUCGUCCCUCGGCAUGCUCAUCAUCAACUCGGUCGAGAAACAACGCCUCAGCGCCGACUCGUUCAGCUACAGCGGUAAUGGCGUAGCUUGGAAGGCGCGCGUCGUUCUGUUCCUGGGCUUCGCCAUGCUGGCGGGGGGCAUGGCUGGCGGUGUCGUCGUCUUUGUGCUCAAGUUUGUGGUGCCAGAGGUGUCAGGGCCAGCACUGGGGAUGGGCAUCGAGAACGUGGUGAGCAACGCGCUGGUCGGUGUCAGCUCUGUGGUCCUGUGGGUGAGCCAGAACAUGGAGGAUGAGUACUCGUACAACCUCUCUCUGUAA